AUGUCGCGACGGCCCAACCCUGCCGCUGAUCGGGCGGAACAGAAUCGUGCGACUCUCAAGAACUUGGUCAAGCUCGAGGGCAACAAGACAUGCUCAGACUGCAAGAGGAACAAGCACCCACGAUGGGCCAGCUGGAACUUGGGCGUCUUCAUCUGCAUUCGGUGCUCGGGCAUCCACCGUGGUAUGGGAACACAUAUCAGCAAAGUCAAAUCAGUCGACCUCGACACCUGGACCGACGAACAACUACAAAGCGUGUUGAAAUGGGGCAAUGCGCGAGCGAACAAGUACUGGGAGUCGAAACUGGCGCCUGGCCAUGUGCCGUCAGAGGCAAAGAUUGAGAACUUUAUUCGCACAAAGUACGAAUCGAAGCGCUGGGUCAUGGACGGACCUAUGCCGGAUCCUUCAACUCUGGAGGCAGACGAUGACGACGUGCCAUUGAAGAAGGUUCAGGAGAAGGUUCAAAUAGAACGCUCUGCCUCACAACGUCUAGCCCAGAGCUCCAGCCAGCCGCCUCCCCCGCAGCGACAAGCGCAGCCUCAGCCAACUAUCGAUCUAUUUGGUGACGAUCCUGUUCCUCAGCGACCGAGCACUGGUCCGCCAGUUGCUGCGAGGGGGCCCCCGAAAGCAGAGCCAGCUCCGCCAAAACAAAACAAGGCGGGAGAUUCAUUGCUGGGAUUGGACUUCCUUGGUGGUUCAUCGUCUGCCGCACCAUCUCGUCCAUCCAGUACGGGCGCUGCUGCGGCAGCGCCUUCAAGACCGGACCUCAAGCAGUCGAUCUUGUCGCUGUAUGCCUCCAAGCCCGCAGCACCACCCCAACCACAGCAGCAUGCACGUCAAGAUUCUUUUGGUGGACUGGCAUCCUCUCAGGGGCCGUCCUCGCCCCAACAAUCGGCCUUUGGUGGCAUGAACGAUGCUUUCAGCAGCCUGUCUUUCAACGCCGCUCCGGCACCCAAGCCCUCGCCAUUCUCCGGCCUUGACAACUUUUCAAGUGCAAAGUCACCGCCUACGACAUCUUCAUCGAACAUGUUCGGUGGCGGGGGUAACUUCUUCAACUCCAAGCCUGCUCCCCAGAACCAGCCGCAAAGUCGUACCAUGAGCCCUUCAGCUGGGUUAGCUGACUUCAGCGCAUUCUCUUCACCCGCUCCAUCCAAACCUGCAGCCCCAGCAGCCAGCGGUAUGAACGAUCUUCUGGACCUAUCCAUGCCAUCUGCACCGGCCCCUGCGCCUAGGGUCACCUCCCCACCACUGGCAUCGCCACCCGCAAACUCGGCUUUCAACCUCUCCUCACCUGCACCGGCACCCGCUCCCAAGGCCACCCCGGCCCCUGCAACCGUGAACUAUUCAGGAUUCUCGAACAUGGACGCCUGGGGUAGCAACGAUGUCUGGGGUUCUUCUGCCCCUAGUCAACCAGCUGCUACAUCCACAGCAUCACAUGCUCAACCUACCACUCCUGGUUGGGGCGCACCGCAGGUAACACAAGACGAUGACUUUGGGGGUUGGAGCAGUGCUGCGCCUACCACCACCACACAAACAACCAAUACUACACACACCACCACUACUCAAAGUAAGCCUACAGGAGGAUUCGGAGGUGGCAGCGAUGACCUCUUCUCGAACGUCUGGGAAUAA